UUCCACCUCAUCAUUCCACUUACUUUGUCCAUAUGCUUUAUUAUAUUUAUGAUUUAAUUAAAAUUAAUUAUUAGGAAGAGAAUUUCUCCUCCUUCCACGUUAUCUGCUUUCCGAGGCGGUGAUUGAAUGGAGAAGAGAAUGGAAGGCAGGGGAGGCGGUGAGGUGAGGUCCCUGUAAAUUGACUGUAAAAUAAGAAGAGGAUGGUAUCGAAUCUGGUAAACAAUUUGCAGGCUCGCGAUGCUUUCUACGAUUGUUUGCAGAAGCAAUCGGACAAGAAACCGACGGAACUCGGCUGCGUCGGGCUCCUAUAUCCGGCCGAGUGCAAGAAAUCGAGGCUUGCGUACGAGAACAGCUGCCGGCCUUCUUGGGUGAAGCAUUUCGAUCGGCUGUAUUGUAAGGAGAAGAGGGUGCAGAGGCUAUUGGAUGACAAGGAAAUCAGGGGAGGUCCGUUGGUACUUUCACAGAAAGUUUAACGAGGGUAUAGAGCUUGGUUCAGGAUCAUCGCUAUGGUCAAGGUUUGGUAUUCAGGUUGAGUUCUGGGCCAAGUAAAGGAGUUCACUGCAAGCCCAACCAGCCCAGUCGGACGGACGGACGAAUCAAACUGGAAGCCAGCGGAUAUUCACCCAACCCACAUUAGCUGCUCGCACCGACUCUGCUCGUCGUCCGAUCGCCAGCGCUGUCACUCUCUCCAUCGGGAAGUGACACCAGCCAUCUCUCUCCUCUCCCACCGCACAUUUCACAUUUUCCCUCUUCUUUCUGCUUCGCCGUCACCAUCGAACGCCCGGUCAAGAAUUAUUUCUCUCGCCUCUCUCUGCUUCGCUUUCCUUCUCCUUCAUCCGAUCGCUUUCUUCAAUACAGGACGAGAGUCGGUGAGUUGAAGCUCGGCUCUCCUGCAUUUGCUUAUUCAGUGAUGUGCAAUGAUACCACCCUCUUCUUAUUUUACAGUCAAUUUACAGGGACCUCACCUCACCGCCUCUCCUGCCUUCCAUUCCCUUCUCCAUUCAAUCACCGCAUCGGAAAGCAGAUGACGUGG